AUGCAAAAUAAUAAAAAUGAUAAAAAUAAAGAAAAAAAGCAUUCAUUGGUAGUAAAUGAAAUGUUCGAUGUAAAUCGAAUCAAGUUGGAUAAGCUUUGUAAAUGUGACAGAAUUAUAUCAGAUUGUGACAUGAAAUUUUAUGAUUUGUCUAAAUUCAACAAGAAUAAAAAGGAUAUUAAUUAUUAUAAUGAUGAGUAUAAUGAAGAUUUGGAAGAUGAAUUUUUUAAAUUAAUCUACGUACUCGAUCUACCAGAAAGUACACAUUCGUUAACUAAAAUUGAAACAAAUCUUCCAUCAUGUUUGAAAUAUGGAUUUCGUUCUGGUUUAACACAUAUGUAUAUGCGUAAAUUUCCACCAUUAACACGUGGUUAUCAGGGGUCGGCAAUCGCAGUAGCAGCCAUAGCAACUUCUUUUUUGGUGAAGCCACAAUGCUGGAAUGAAUUUGUAAUAGAUCAAGUGCUUGAAGAUGGUGAUACAUAUUACAGCGAUUCAUAUGAAAAUAUAGUAAUUGCAGAUAGGCGAACAUUAACAUUACAAGAUUUUAAGCGACACAUAAAUAUUCAAAACACUCAUCGAAUUUUUUUGAAAAUUGAUGGUCCCAUUUAUGCUGGAACGUUUAGAACAGAUUCACCUAAGGAGCUUCACGUUGCUAAAGCACUACAUUUAUUUUUUAAAAAAUACGAUGCUGGUGUUUUAACUUCUCCAAUUUUAAAUAUCGCUAUUUGGAAGAAUGAAAAACAUUUUCAUAUUUUUGAUGGUCAGCCGAGAUUAGAUAACUGUGAUAUUUCUGAUCGUGAGUCAAAUGGAACAGCAAAAUUAAUCUUAGUGCAAAAUUUAUCUGGUGUACUUUUCAUUAUUCUUCAAAAAAGUAAUAUAAAAAAUGAAUCUUUUACAAUUUAUGGAACUACGGUUGUGAACGCAAAAAAAAUUUCUGAAUUACCUGAAAAUUACGAAAAAUUUCUUACUUUACCUCAACGUCGACCAAGUGGCUACUGUAUUCAAGAAACAUUUCGUGCCGUGGCUCAAGGUACUUAUCACCUUCAUCAUCCUAUAUUUCCCGGUGAAUUUUGUGGUCGAGGACAUCUGAUAGUUGCAGUUUCGGCGCUUAUUUAUUCAAAACUUUUAAAUGCUAGCAAGUGGACCACCGCCAUUAUUGAUCUCAUUUUAAAUUAUUCGAAUAUAUAUUUGACAGAUAUAGUGCGAGUACUUGGUAAGACAUUGGAUGAUACUUUUGAGAUGUCAAUUAAUGACUUAUUAACUGAUAUUGUUUUUGGUGUUUAUACCGCCAAAAUUAAAGUUGAAGAAAAUGUAUUUCCUGGAGAAAAUAAUAAGUCGAAGGAAAGUAUAGAAGACUGUAUUCGUAAAUUUUUUACCACUUAUUCACUAGGCAUUCUUGAAAUACAGAAAACCUUUUAUGCUAUAUGGAAAGGCAAUGACAAAUUUUAUUUUUUUGACCCAUUCGCCUGUGAUAGCACAGGCUUUCGCGUUAGCUUAAACAAUCCUGAUGAUGCAGAUCAAUAUAAAAAAGCAGCAGCCUGCAUUACAAUGAACUCCUCCAUCAAUCAACUCAGUGAAGUAAUAAUAGAAAAUACAGAAUAUAUAGAUAAAAAUCCUUUUAUAAUUCAUGGAUUUCAUGUGUUAUAUGUGAAAACUGGAAUUGCCAUUGAUGGUUCAGAUGAGAAGAUUGUAUUUCGUGAAAAGAAUACUUAUCGUAGACCUUCACGACCUCCGUCGCCGUCUUUAACAGAAAAUAAUGAAUGCGGAAAUCUUGCUAAUAUGCCCGUAACUCCAAGGUUUGAAAUAGAAAAACCAAUAAGCGAAAAAAUACAAUAUCCUGAAUUGAUGGACGGAGUAGAUCAGUUCGUUGUAACAUUCGACGAAUUAAAUACUGCAGAUGAAAUUGCAUUAUGUUCAGAUUCUACAUAUUACGAGAUUGUGAAACCGCACAGAUUGAUUCUUCAAGGAACAAAUAAUUGCCUGGAUGAACAGUUUAAAAUACAAUGUCGUGGACGGCAAGGUUUAAUAAUAGCUAUAGCGGCAUUAACUCAAGUAAAGCAGACUAAUGUAACAAAUUGGACUAGUAUUCAGAUAGACAAAAUAGUAUCUAGUGGUAAUGGGGUAUAUGAAAAAUUAGCAAAUUCAAUAAUUGAAGCAUUGGAAAAAGAAAAACCGGAAAAUAAAAAAUUAGAUACAGAAAAUACCAAAAAGUUUAAACCAAAAAUAUUAGAUCAUUUAGAUCUAUCAAUGUUACAAAAAACAAUUAAAAUUAACGAUACGCGUAUAAACAUCGCAUCAAAAAUGAAUAUUAUCGAAGGUGAAGCCAAUCCACUAAUUAAUUUGGAAGAAGCUUUUGGGCGAUAUUUUGAACAAUUUAAUGAAUUGAUUUUAGAAAAUAAAAAAUUAAUUUAUAGUGUUUGGAAAAAUAACGAUAAGUAUUUUAUUUUUAACCCUUACGGAUCAGAUAAAAAAGGUUGGCAAAAUACAAGCACUCCUGCUGCUCUUUUUGUUGUAGAUUGUGUAAGUGAACUAAUAGAUUUGUGUUACGGUUUUUUUGAAUUUAAUGAUUAUCAUUUUAUAUUUCACUUCAUUCAAAUUACAUUGUUUUCAUCUAAUGAGAGUAAGAAUGAUACUGCUAUCCUUCCAAAAUUUGAAGUAUUUGAAAAUUAUAAAACAAAAUUUUUACCAAUAACUGACGAUGAUUUAGCCAAAAUUAAGCAAGAAAAUAAAAAUAUUGAAAAAUCCGAUAGAAUUAAUAAUUCUACAAUUAAGAAUAAUCGAUCUGAAAAUGCGACUGAAACUAUAGAAACAACUAUAAAAACAAAACCUAAAUCAAAGGAACCUGCAGAUGCAAAGAAUGUAGUAACGAAUCUUUUCGAACAUAUUAAUGAACCUCAACAACCCAAUGCACCAGUAAGAUUAAAUUUUGCUCUUAUUACUGGUAUUGUAAAAAUAGAGCAGGUAAAUGAAUGCAAAAUGCAUGAAGAAAAUCUUGAAUUAUUAUAUGAGAAACUGAAAUAUAAUCAUCCUCCUCCUUUUGUUAUGCCACCUAAGAAAAAUUUCUGUAAUCUGUUGGAUGUCAAGUUAGCUUCAAAAUCAAUACAUUCUUUGCUAUCUAGAUUUUCUGUUGAUUCCAAACUGUCGAUAAAAGAAAAAAAUAUAUUACAAUCAACAGAACAGGAAGCAAUUAUUAGCCUUUUAGAGAAAAAUGAAAAAUCAAAGGUUAUAACACUUCCUUCUAAACAAUAUUUUAUUUUAAGAAGUUUACCAAAUGGAUUAAUGCCAAUUAGAGCAAUUAACGAACAAUUUAUACACGAUGAAUGUAAUGAAGAGAAAAAAAUUGAAGAAGAAUGUAAAAGUAAAGAAAAAGAAAUUGAACUGGUACAAGAACCAAAAAUUUGUCCAUUAAUUAUUCCAUGUGGAUCCUGCAUUAAGACACCUGAUCCUAAAAAGUUACCCGAUUGUCCAGAAAAUUAUAAUAAAAAAUGUUCGUUAAAUACAAUGGAAGAAGAAGAUACUGUAUUAAAGAAACUUGUUUGUAGCACAGAAAAUCUUUUACUUGAAGUUAUGUUGCCUGAUUUCAAAGAAAAUGUGAGCGAAUGGCAUUGCGAUUGUCAAAGUGAUGAAGUAGUUGAUAAUAAGGAUAUGGAAAUUAAAAGAGAAAAAUAUUUGGAAAUAAUACCGUGUGGUUUUAAAGUAACGGAUGAUGAAAACAUUGGAAUAAUAAAUGCGAAUGUACAUCUUGAAGAUCGUACUGAAAUUAAUAAGAGUCAUUACAAAUCUUGUUACUUCUCUGCCAUAAUUUGUAUUCUCACCAAGAUCAACCUGGAUGUAAAUAAAUUUAACUGUGACGUUCUUGAUAGAUUUAUUCUAAUUGCUAAUGAAAUAACUAUGGGAGUUGGAAAUUUUAGAUAUAAAAUAAUACGAUGGUUUCGAAAUUUUUAUAUACUUGGAGUAAAGUGCAAUAUCAUUGUAAAGCAAAUACAAUAUUUUGAUCCUGAAAAUUAUGAGUUUGAUAACAUUAAGUGUUGUUUACAAUCAUUUUUUUGUAAGCAUCAAUCCGGUAUUCUUGUUUUCGAAAAUAUAUCCUUCGCCUUUUGGAUUAUGAAUGGCGUAUAUUAUCUAUUCGAUGCUUAUUCGUGCGACAAAAAUGGUCGUGUUAGUAAUGACGGCGCCGCGUGUCUAAUGGAAAUCUGCAAUUUUGAAUCCUUUGUUUGUAGAAUUAUUGAAAAUACUGGAAUUUCGUCGAGUAAACCUUACAGACUCUAUAUUAUUUUAAUAACUCACAUGGAGAAAAAGGCUAAACGUAAGAUAAAAAAGAAACGCUUUAAGACUUGUAAAGCACCAGAAAUAGAAGAGAAUUGUUCAACAAUAGAAGAGACGAAAAAAACUGAAACCCAAAUUAAUAAGUUAGAAUCAGAAGUAUCUUUAAAUGAAAUAAUCGAUUGGAUUACUGAUGUAACAAUUGAAAAGUCACUGGAAGUUACACCCUUGGAUACAAAAAUUCCAAAAUUCUUGGCAUUCAAAAAUUAUAAUGCAUCUAUUUUAGAGGUUCCCAUUGCAAACAAUGAAGUUGAAAAAAUGAGACUAUUAUUUUAUGAUAAGAAAUUCUAUAAAUACUCCAUAUUUAGGCAAUCUUUAGACUUAUGUGUAAUUGCAUGGUCACAAAUUUACGAGCCGCAAACUUGGACAACACAGACAAUUCAAGCUUUGUACGAAACAAGCAAAGACUACACUUUAGACAGUUUAUUAGCAUCCGAAGACUCUACUGUUUCACGUAUCACAGAUAAUUUAAUUACAGAGUUUAAUAUAGCGAAUUAUAAUUUCCGUGUGGCAUUUGCUCCAUUACAUACAGGCACAUUGUAUAGCAGCACAGGUUGGAAUUUAGCUAUGUCCAUAAAAAGAAUUUUUGAUUCACAAAUUUAUACGGGCGCUAUUCUCGUAUGUGCAAAAGUACAUAUUGGUCUUAUGAGAAUAGAAAGCAGAUUUUAUGCUUGGUGGCUGGUGAAAAAAAACAAAAGCAUUAAAAUAAUUAUUUCUGAAAACAAGGAAGAUUAUUUAAAACUCAUAGUGAAGGAAAUAAAUCUACCAGUCGAGAUAGAAUUUUCAAUAAGAAUUGUAACGAUAUCCUAUGCAAAAAUGUUUGGUCCAAAUUGUAGCGAUCUUGAAGGUCUUCACGAAUUGAUAACAACUUCGGUUUCGGAAGCAGAGAUUCACAGGAAGCAGACUGAAUACUACUGCUUGGAUGAUAUUUUUCGAGUUGUUGAUAAGCCACAAACACCUCUUUUUAUACUCGGAACAGUAGCGCUAAGUGAAAGAGAUUUAGUGAUUGAACCGUAUAUUAAGCGUUGUUACUUCGUUGCGCUUUUUUCCUUGAUAUUAAAAAGAGAUAUAAUCCAAAAUCCUUUGCCUGGAAUGAUCGACAAAGUAUUAGAACUUGCAGAGAGUUCUUACAAGUUAUUUGAAAAACCAAAAUUCCACUCUGAGCAUAUUUUAAAGGAUGUUAAUCUUAUGGAUCGUAUUUUCGAUAUACGUGAUUGUGCAUUUAAUCUUGUUCAUUUACAAGACGAAAAGGGAUCGACCAUUAUCUUCUUUGAUACCAUUCGAAAGGAAUUAAAGCAGUUUUUCAAGAAAUAUACCAGUGGCAUUAUUCAGUUUUCUAAUUGUUGUUACGGAUUCUGGUAUUGCAAUGCUAAAAAGUGUUACUAUUACUUAGAUCCAUAUCAAUGCGAUACCCAAGGCAGAAGAGUAGGUUUAUGUGGUUCAAGUUGUCUCUGCAUUUUUCCAUCAAUCAGUUGUAUGGUUUCACAUAUGAGCUUAAACCAAUAUAAAAAUACUACUGGGUUUUUCAUACAUCGGAUACACGUAGAAUCGGUAAAUUCAUCACCAUACGAUAAAUUCCAAGAGGACCCUAUCUGGGUUUAUCUAGAUUAUCAUUGGAGUUACAGACAUACUAUAAGCAAGAACAGCCGAAAAAUUAAGAGCUUAAAUAAUGAGAAUCUCAUCGAAAAGUCAAAAAAAUUAACGUGGAAAAGCUAUAUUAUUGAAGUACCAAAUGUAAUUUAUUCUUUAUGGGGAUCAAUUGGUGCAUUUGAUGUAAAAUAUUGUAAUCAAGCUGGUAAGAAUCAAAUAGCUAUUGCUAUAUCUGUUUUUGCUAUGUGUAAUCUCUGCCAACCCUCUGAGUGGCAUUCCACUAUUUUAAAUGCAGCUGUCAUUUUCGGCAAUUAUUACUACAAAAAAAGUAAUAAAAUCCAUCCAAGAUGCUUGAAUAAAUUUAAUUUGUUAGACUUUAUUAAAAUAUCAUACUUCCAAUGGAACAUAGAGUUUAAUCUGGAUGUGUGCGGUGUUCUUUAUGCUAGCAACAAUGAACGAAAUCUUAUUGAUGCUUUUAAAAUGGCAUCAAGUAGAUCUUCAAAUAUUUUAUUUCAAUGCGACAAAAAAAUAUUAGCGAUUAUUAAGACGUCUGACGCUUUUUAUGCGGUAGACUCAUCAUGGUCUGGGCCACCACUUUUUAACAAUAAUUAUGGGGCUAUAUACGCUAUUAGGUGUAAGAAUAUGAACACACUGAUAUAUGUUAUAAUAAAAAUGCUUAAUACAAACCAAAAAUUAGAAUUUAAAUUUACACCUGUAAAACUCACUUUUACGCAAGAAAUGUGCCAAUCAGGAGACAAAAAAUUUCAAUUUAGCUUAAAAAAACUACUAGAAACACCCGUUCAUCCUCCAAGUCAUACAAUUGUCUUUCCACAUCUUGUUAGUGGAAGCAUUGCAGUUUCGGAUGAAGAUUUAUAUAUGUGUUAUAAGAAUAGUCUGAAGUUAGGUUUAGCUAAUUAUAUGAAGUUUAAAAAUUUAUCUAGGGAGAUAAUUAAUGAAUGUAAACAAGAUUGUUGUUUAUUUAAAAGAAAAAAAAAGAACAAUAAAAAAAUGGAAUUUCCCAAAAAUUCCAAAGCUUCUCGAAUAUCAUCCGAAAUUGUUUCUAUUUCACGAGCAGAGAAACCUAAUCAAACUAGAUGA